UCUCUAUAAAUGAACUCUCCGGUACUAGCCCGACGUUUCGCCCUCUAAAACCAGACACUGCUGCUGCGUGUCUGUGUGCCGCGCCACCUAUGCACCUCGCGCGCGCGGCAAGCGCUCCUCCUGCCGGCGCCUUCCCCUGUCCCUCGCUUGCCUCCAGCUGCAGCAGAGGAGCGCGUGUGCGUGUGUGUACGGUGCCAUGAGCUUUCCGCUGGUGUGCUUCUGCCGCCAGAUCCCGCGGCCCAUCGUCGCGCUGUUCAAGCUGCUCCAGGCCGUGGCGCUGGCCUUCGUGCUGAUACUCUGCUUCCUCGGCCUCUACGAGUUCCCCUACACCGUCGAGGACCACGCGCCGCUCAUCCACGGCCGCCGCCGCGAUCCCCUCGGCGACGACGGCCUGCAGCCCGAGGCGGUGAAGCGGGGCCUCCCGCUGGUCGAGUACAUGCAACUCGCCGACCUGUCGGCGGAUUGCCACGACGGCGAGAGCGGCUACCCGGCCACGUGCAGGGUGUGCCUGGAGAGGUUGGAGGCGACGGACGAGGUGAGGCGGCUGGGCAACUGCACCCACGCCUUCCACAUCGGCUGCAUCGACCGGUGGAUCGACCUGGGAGAGGUGACGUGCCCGCUCUGUCGGUCCCACCUGCUGCCACGUCAACGAAGGGGCCUGCUUGGCAGUAGGCGGUUCGGCUAGAUUGUCUCGCGGCACGGCGCCAUGGGGGCAGUUUCGUCAUUUCAGGCUGUACAUCUCGCCAUUGUUGCUGGAUGGGUGCAGGCCAACCGCAGACUGAUUCCGAUCAGGACGACUAACCACCAAGCAGUACCGGUGCUAAUCAAUUGAUAGUUGUGCUCACGCGAAAAUUAAUGGCAUUUUGGAAUUCCACGGGUGUACUUUAACGCAUAGUUGCAUCCGACGAGCUAGGUAACGUGCACCCGUUUAGAGCGAGUACAAUGGCAGGCUACAAGUAAGCUAUAAGCAUACGUGGAAGAGAGAAGAGAUAAGAGAGAAGGAAAACAGGCUAUAUAUUUACAGCCAGCUUCAGCACGGAAUCUAAUACAUUGUGCGUGUAUGAGAUGUAGGAUCAUAUAUUAAUAGUGUACUACUCCCUCCAUUUCACAAUAUAAGUCAUUCUAGCAUUUUUCGCAUUCA